AGAGACUGAGGGAUGUGACAUCUCUUCUUCUCUGGCAUUCGGUUAAAGACAGCGGAGAAGCGACCAUGCUGUGGAAACUAGUUGAGAAUGUCAAGUAUGAAGAUAUUUACGAGGACCGCCAUGACGGCGUCUCCAGCCACAGCUCCCGCCUGUCCCAGCUGGGCUCCGUCUCCCACGGCGGGCAUUACUCCAGCGCGCCGCCCCUCUCCCACGCACCCUCGUCCGACUUCCAGCCGCCCUACUUCCCGCCGCCCUACCAGCCGCUGGCCCACUACCAGAGCCAGGACCCCUACUCUCACGUCGGCGACCCUUACUCGCUCAACUCGCUCCACCAGAGCCAGCAGGGUGCGUGGGGGGCGAGGCAGCGGCAGGACGCGGCCGGGGAGCGCAUGGACGGCUCGUCUUUGCUGGCGCAGCCCCGGGCUUCUCUGCCGCAGCUGCCCGGGCUGGACCCCAGGCGGGAUUACGGUGGCGUGCGGAGGCCGGACGUGCUGCUGCACGCCACUCACCCGGGACUGGAGCCCGGGAUGGGAGACGGACUGCUGCACGGGCUGCACGGCAUGGAGGAUGUUCAGACUAUUGACGACACCAACGGAACCAACAUCCUGGAUCAAUCUGUAAUUAAGAAAGUGCCCAUGCCACCCAAGAACAUUGGGUCGUUGAUGCUGGGCAAGGACGGCCUGAUCGGUGGCAUCACCGUCAACAUAAACGAACUGUUCUGCUCGGUACCGGGCCGCUUGUCCCUGCUCAGCUCCACCUCCAAGUACAAGGUGACAGUCGGGGAGGUGCAGAGGAGACUCUCCCCACCCGAGUGCCUCAACGCAUCACUCCUGGGGGGCGUGUUGAGAAGAGCAAAGUCCAAAAACGGUGGGAAAUGCCUGCGGGAAAAACUGGAGAAGAUCGGCUUGAAUUUACCAGCUGGGAGACGUAAAGCUGCGAAUGUGACGUUACUAACGUCACUAGUAGAAGGUGAGGCCGUGCACCUUGCGAGGGACUUCGGCUACAUCUGCGAGACAGAGUUCCCCACCAAGGCCGUGAGCGAGUACCUCAACCGGCAGCACACGGACCCCAACGAGCUGCACACGCGGAAAAACAUGCUGCUGGCCACCAAGCAAAUCUGUAAGGAAUUCCAAGACUUAUUGAGUCAAGAUCGUUCUCCUCUGGGAUCCUCCAGACCAACACCUAUCCUGGACUUGGACAUCCAGAGACACCUCACACAUUUCAGUCUCAUCACUCACGGUUUCGGCACACCGGCUGUUUGUGCCGCUCUCAGCACUUUCCAGACAGUCCUCAGCGAGAUGCUCAACUACCUGGACAAAAGCUCCAGCGGGAAAACAAGCGGACCCAACGACCAGCAGAUCAACGGCAGCUCGGAAAAGUCGCAGCUCCGCAAGGCAGCCGAGCCUCAGAGCAAAGACGGCAAAACUGAAAAGACGGAGUAGUCCCGUCCACUUUGGGCCCCCCUCCCCCGUGCCUUGGAGCUGUGUGUGUGUGGGUGUGUGUGUGUGUGUGUGUGUGUGUGUGUGUGUGUGUGUGUGUGUGUGUGUGUGUGUGUGUAUGCGUGUGUGUGUUUCAUUAAUAUAUAUUUAUUUCUUUAUUUAUUGACUCCCUAUUUAAGAUGUCUACAUGUGUUUUCAGGACUGGGCUGGUCACUGCACAUUCCACAAACACACACACGGGCCCCAUUUGGGGAAACUUCUCCAAAUGAUCUGACAGGGUAUUCAAAAAAAACAAAAAACAAAAAUUUUUUUUUCUAUGGACCAACGUGCACGAAGUGGGUGGGGAGAGGGAAGUCUGGGCUUCCCUGCUUAGGCUGCUGCCCCCGCUACCCGACCUCGGAUAAGUGGAAGAAUGGAUGGACCAACAUGAAAGGAGUCCUAACAAUGAAGUCAGGACGUCAAGGAUGUGUCGCACGAGGACAGAAAGACCAAGAAAACAAAACAAACAAACACUCAAUCGUGGAAGAGGAAAUGUCGAAAAAUAAACCGUGAUGUUUUUACAUUUCUAAGUGACAAAACCUCCUUUCUGCGCGCAAGAGUGAGAUCUUUCACGAAGCUGCAAAAGCACUUUGCAGGCAUUCUUUGGAACGUUACCAUGCCAACGGUUUUGUUUUGGAAUGUGAGAUUACUGUGUGUGUGUUUGUGUGUGACGCUGAUGCAAGCCUGUUCUCAUGAGAAUUUAGUCGGGUUUUGUACGAUCCGAUGAGUCGCCCUAAGUCAGGUGUGUCCAAAGUGCGGCCCGGGGGCCAUUUGCGGCCCGCAGCUAAUUAUUUAGUGGCCCGCCACACAUUCUGGAAAUGCUGUUGCAAAAAUGAAUAAAAAAAACACUAAAAAAGUAGAAUGAGGUGAAAUCUAACGGGGAAAAGUUGCAGUGUUGACACAAAGCUGCCAUGCAGGCUGUUUGUUUUUCUUUUGUUUUUCUUUAUUUUGCUCUUAUUGCCAGUGCUAAAAAUAUAUAUUUUUUUAAAUUUAUUUUUAUAAUUCAUUAUUGACCUAUUUAACGCUCCAAUUACUUCAAAUAUUUCACUUUUUAAUGUUUUAUGUGGAAAAUAUUAUGUGCAUAUACUGUGUGACUGCCAUACAAAAACAGUGUUUUCUUCGACAAAAGAGCAUAAAACCAACAAAAUAAUAGUUCCAACGUAAAAUCGACAGAUAUAUCUGAAGUUUAUCUCAUAACUUAAGUGUUGAAAGUAAAACAAAUAAUAAUAAAAAUGUAUCACUUUAUGAGUGGGGGACAUUUUGGAUCCCAAAGAUAGUUAGUGGGAUUUUAUUUAUUUUUUCACUGUGAUUACUCAGAAAUAAUAAUACAUUUAAAUCAAUGGGGUCCUGUAUUAUUGAUUUUUUAGGGCUCCAAUUACUUCAGAUCAAACAUUGCUUUCUGAAUGUUGGGCAAUGGGGGAAAUUUUAGUUUUACUAUAAAAACAAAGUUGUCUUUGACUGAAAAGGCAUUAACCUUUUUUUUUUUUUUUUUUUUUUUUUUUUUUACUUUAUAUCAACCUGAAGUUGAUAUAGAGAUUUACUGUAAGCGUUACAUAAAAAAUGAAAAUAAUAAUUUGACUUAUUUUUAACAUAUUGGGGGAGACCCUCUAUGGUCCCUGGGAGUCCUAAAGGUAAAAAAAAAAAAAAAAAGAAUCCAUAUAUUUUGUCAUGGUUUGAAAAUUAAAAAUAUCAAAACAGGCACCGCAUGUUUAAAUUUUUCUGUGUGUGUCCCUCAGUGGAAAAAGUUUGGACACCCCUGCCCUAAGUGAUAGGACACCAUUUUUCACCCAAACGGCUUUAAAAAUGAUAAAAAUGUUGUAGUUGCGGAAAGGAUGUACACAAUUAUAUAUGCUAGGGAUGGGCGACAUGGCCUAAAAUCUGCAUCUGCGAUAACGUCACAAUGUUUAACAUAAUUGGUAAAAACGGGUCAGUAAUUUUGCUGCCGAUGUACAUGGUAACACUUUGCCUCACUUCCUGUUGGAUUAUUGUCUCAAAACUUAUGAAUGGACUUGCCAACAUCUGGUGACUUUUCGUGGUAACAUGGUUCUUUUCCAUUAGGAGGUAGGUAGAUAUAGUGGGGCAAAAAAGUAUUUAGUCAGCCACCGAUUGUGCAAGUUCUUCCACUUAAAAUGAUGACAGAGGUCUGUAAUUUCCAUCAUAGGUACACUUCAACUGUGAGAGACAGAAUCUAGGAAUUCCCAUUGUAGGAAUUUUAAAGAAUUUAUUUGUAAAUUAUGGUGGAAAAUAAGUAUUUGAUCAACCAUUCAAAGCUCUCACUGAUGGAAGGAGGUUUUGGCUCAAAAUCUCACGAUACAUGGCCCCAUUCAUUCUUUCCUUAACACGGAUCAAUCGUCCUCUCCCCUUAGCAGAAAAACAGCCCCAAAGCAUGAUGUUUCCACCCCCAUGCUUCACAGUAGAUAUGGUGUUCUUGGGAUGCAACUCAGUAUUCUUCUUCCUCCAAACACGACGAGUUGAGUUUAUACCAAAAUGGAUACAUGGAUGUUACAGCAGAGGAUUGGGAGAAUGUCAUGUGGUCAGAUGAAACCAAAAUAGAACUUUUUG